AUGUUUCUUCUUGGAUUACUAUUGUCCUCUUUUAAUCUAGCAUAUAGUUUACAUUGUACAGACAAUUGUUCAAUGAUUUAUCCAAUGAAUGAACUAUUUAUUAUGCCACCCAAUUGCAGUUAUGUAUCAGCCAAUCAUUGUUCAGUUAAACUUAUAUUUUGGUAUGAUCGUGGAAAUUAUAAUGUUACAUUUAUUGCUGAAUCAUCUUAUGAUAAUCAUAUUGAUGAUAAUAAACAUUUUGUUAUGAUUGAAGUGACUGGAAAUAAAUUUUUUUCCUACGAUAUUCAUCACAUAUGUAAAGAAACAGAUGAUUGUGCUCGUAGUUUUGCUGAAGAAAAAAUUAUUCAAAUGACUAAACGCUCGUAUAAUGUAACGAAUAUUUAUUCCGAUUUACGACGAUUAAUACAUCAAAAAUCUACUUUAUCGAGCGACUUAGCAUGUUUUGAUAUAAAUGAUGGUGUUCGUCAAUGUACUGUACCGGGAACGUCUGGUUCUUGUCAGAUUGUCGAUGAUUUAAUCAAACAUAAAUUUCAUAAACGUUUAUGCCUUCAUAGUACUCAGCAAUCUACUAGUCUUAACAUUUUCGAUACCGGUAGCGUUGCAAUGAUGACUGUCAGAUGUAACCGUAUGCUAUGCAAUGGACCAUUGACAAUAGCUGCUGUGAAAAAGAUACUGCAACAUCAUAAUAUUACUGAUAUUAAUGAUAGACUAUUGGGAAGCAGUGCAAAAAUGCUAUUGUCUCGUUAUUUAUUGGCUUUGACUAUGUUCGUAUUUUUUUUUUGA